ACAGUUGAGCAGCAUCGAUCCGGUGGGCGGUGGAGAUGUCUCCGGUCAGCUCGUUCUCGUCGCUGUGCCGCCACAGGGUGAUCCGCUGCACCGCCCGCCUCGGCUGCGACCCGCCCGCCACGCCGGCGCGCUUCGUGGCGUUGGAUCGGCCGAGAUCGUUGUCAUCCUCUGGCCAACUGCGUCGUGGCGCGAAAGAGGGCAUGUUGCUGCGGUGGUUCAGAGAAACUACCAACACAAGCAGCUGCAGCGGCGGCGGCGGCGGCGCAGGUGGCACAGGACGACCUGCUGCAGGUUUCUCAACCUGGGCACGAUUGGCAAUUGGCUCCGCCGCCGCUGUCAAAUGGGCGUCGUUUCUGCGGAUCCAAAAUGAGGUGGAGAUGGUGAAGGACGCCGCCGAGACCGCGGCGGAGGUGGUGGAGGAGGUGGCCACGGCGGCCGAGAAGGUGUCGUCCGAGGUGGUCGGGCAUCUGCCGGAGGAAGGCAGGCUGAGACGCGCCGCGGUGAUGGUCGAGCACGCGUCCAAGGAGGUCGCGGAGGAGGCUCAUCGUGCACGAGACAUCAUCCACAAGGUCGACGAAAUUGAGGAAGACGUCAAGGCCAUUAUCGAACCGAUUAUGGAUCGUGGGAAGCAUGAGAGGAAGCAUUUAGAAAAGUAGAUUUUUUUUCUCCUACUUUGCAGCUUAGAUUCAUCAGGGCCGGUGGACUGCGGAGACAACAGAACAAGCAUUAUAUAAAACUGCAUUAUUCAUGUCGAAAUUCAUGUUGAAUUCAUAUUUAAAAUAUUAUGAACCAAGAAUU